UGUUGAUAGGCUAGAUCAUUAAAGAAGACUCAAAAAAAAAAAAAAAAUGGAGCGCGAUCACUGUCUUCCCAAAACUCUGAUCAGGGGUUUAGGGUUCUUCGCUUUAUCCGCUCACUGAAUGAAUUAGGCAUUGAGUUUUGAAGAGGCGGAUUUCAUUUAACGUAUCCAUUUUUUCAUGGGCGCGUCCAAAUAUAUUUCGGAUUUGCGGCGGAUUAGACAACUAUACGAUAUGAAGUUGUUAUCGAAUCUUAGGCACUGGAAGUACCCAACAACGCGAUCAUUAAUGCAUCAGACGGGACAUUUGCAACCUGCUGAUAUUCCUCGGGUGGGGCAGGUUAAGAAGGAUAUACCAGGAGCGAAUGGAAUGACAGUUCAGUUUAGUGGAUGGUUUUCCAGAACAUGUACAGCCAGUUGUCAGUCUCCAUAUCUGCCUAGGGUGAACCAUGGAUCGGACUCCAUCAGUUUUUCUUUUGCCAAAUCCAUUUCUUCAAGGGCAUCAAGCAAACAAGGAGAAAAUACAAAUGAGACUAAAAAAGACAUAUCAACUGUUGAGGAUCCUUUUGAUGCUCCUACAUACAAUAUUCCAGAGAAGCCAGUAACAUUUGUAGAGGGGGCAUCCUACAGUGUCAUAAUCCUUGCUGGGCUUGGAAUUGCAGCUCUUGCAGGAUAUGCUGUUUUCAAGGAGCUUAUAUUUGAACCCAAAGAGUACAAAAUAUUUAACAUGGCUUUGAAGAGAAUUCAAAAUGACAGUCAGGUUAGGGUGAGGAUUGGAUCCCCAAUUACUGGCUAUGGUCAGGAGAGUAGAAAUCGAGCUGCUCGGCAACGAGUUCCCAACAAGGUUUGGACUGAUGAAGGUGGGGUCGAGCAUGUUGAGGUUAAUUUCUAUAUUCGGGGACCCCAUGGAAGUGGGAAAGUUUUCUGUGAGAUGUUCAAAAAUCAAGUGGACAAAGGAUGGGAGUUUACAUACUUGAUUGUUGAGAUCAGAUCACCCUCUCCAGCACAAUUGAUUCUGGAGUCAUAUAUCCCUGCCUAAAACGCGACCCAGAAUUAUUGUUCAGAGAAGGCAUUUCCUGCAGGUGUUUGGUGUUCGGCCGUAUACUGGCGACCGCAUUUUAUAGCGAUCAUUACUGUUUGUUGGCCAGUUUUAGCCGGCCCAUGUUUAACAAGAGAUAAAAGGUGAGCGAAGGAAAGGGAAUCAAAGUAAUGAAUAACAUGAGAAACUGGAUCCAUAAGUCUCAGGAUUGGUGGUUUUUUUUCCUUUCAUUGAGGGCUCGCAGACAUUAAUGUUAAGAAUUUUUCCGGGCAAGGGAUUCGGAAGCACUUAUUAAGGAUUAAAUGUGCUAGUGUUCAUCCCGGUAGUGACUUUUAUUUCUGUGAUUUGUGUUGCUGCUUCCAAUUUAUUGUAAUUUAUGAUAAAUUUCAUUCGAUAGAAGAAUGUGGCUUCCUCCUGCUUAUUUUGCGCCGGAUGCGCAUCAAUCCGAUAUCAGAAUUGAUUGCCGUGGUUCUUUU